ACCCCUGGUGCCCAAAAUGAAAACUAAACAUACGUCAUCAGUAGAUUAGUUCAACGUUAGAUGCCAGAGUACGCUAGCGUGGCGAGAAAAAUUUCGCACGUCUAUUUUUGCAGUCUGCUGUUCUGGUUGAGGAGGGCCAUUUUGUGUAUAUUCAGAAGUUUUACACCAUUAUACGUCUCAAAUAUGAUGAAUGUUGUAACGAAAUCUGGGAACUUAGCGCCCUACUUGAAGCAAGCUACGCAAGCUGUUCCUUCUCAAAUCAAACCACUUACGAAACCAGUUGUAAUAUCAUCGUCUUUAACGGUCCAACCACCCUCGAUAAAAUGUACGAUACAAGGGUUAUACUCAGCUUUACCGAAAGGUCAAACCAAAGUAUUUUCUGGAAUUGCUGCGGGCGUGCAGGUGCGACUGGCGCACACGGACGUCCAGGUGCCAGACUUCUCCGCGUACCGCAGGAAGCAGGUGGCUGACCCCGGUGUCCGGAACAGCGAGAGUGCAGACGAGCGCAGGGCGUUCUCCUACCUCAUCGCUGGAGGGGGGGCCAUCGCCAGCGCAUACGCGGCCAAGUCGGUCGUCACGCAGUUCAUCAUGACGAUGAGCGCCAGCGCGGAUGUCCUCGCGCUGGCCAAGAUAGAGAUCAAGCUGAGCGACAUCCCGGAGGGGAAGAGCGUCACGUUCAAGUGGCGGGGGAAGCCCCUCUUCAUCAGGCACCGCACUGGGGAGGAGAUCAGCAAGGAGGAGAGCGUGGAUGUGAACAGCCUGCGAGACCCACAGCACGACAGUGAGCGGGUGAAGGUCCCACAGUGGUUGGUGGUCCUGGGAGUGUGUACGCACCUGGGCUGUGUGCCCAUUGCCAACUCCGGCGAUUUCAACGGCUACUACUGCCCAUGUCACGGCUCACAUUAUGAUGCAUCGGGGCGCAUUCGCAAGGGACCAGCACCCUUGAACCUCGAAGUCCCACCCUACGAGUUCAUGGAAGAAGGGCUUUUGGUUGUUGGUUGAGAUUCUUGGCAAGUGUAACCAGUAACUUAGUGCAUUGUACAUUUUCAAAAUCAGAAAAAUACAUGUUGUAAAUAGA